UUCUACGCAGGAAGUAUCCAGUGAACCAUCGUGACAGCCUGCGUGAUUGUAAACAUGGCGCCAUGCACCGCUACAGGGCUGUGCUGUUUUACAUCCCGUUUGUAGCUAGCCUGAGACACAAAACUUAACCAUGGAGACAGAAGAGGAACAACAUAUGACAACUCUCCUCUGCAUGGGUUUCCCAGAUGCAGUGGCGAUACGCAAGGCGCUACGCCUGGCGAAGAACGACAUCAACGAGGCUGUUGCGCUCCUGACCAACGAAAGCCCCGGUCUUGGGUAUGGAUAUGAGCCGAUGGAGAGUGGCCCUGCCCCAGGCCCGAGUGGAGACGGGGAGUCCAGUGGGCGGACCGGGACUGGAGGGUUCGACCCACCUCCCGCAUACCACGAUGUGGUGGAGAGCGAGAGGAGUAAUGAUGAGAAUGGGAAUUGUUCAGGCAGCAGUAUGGAGUUCCCCACCACUAACCUGUAUGAACUGGAGAACAGAGUGUUCACUGACCACUGGUCAAUCCCCUACAAGAGAGAGGAGUCACUGGGCAAAUGUCUGAUUGCAGCCACCUGCCUUGCCAAACACGGUCUGGCGGAUGCAGAUGAAAACUGUAAACAGUUUAUGGACAGGUGUAUGCACGAGGCCUUUAAAAAGCUCCUGACCAGUAGUGCGGUCCAUAAGUGGGGGACAGAGAUCCAUGAGGGGAUCUACAACAUGUUGAUGCUACUGGUGGAGCUGGUGGCUGAGCGAGUCAAACGGGACCCCAUACCAGUUGGCGUGAUGGGUGUACUGACUAUUGCCUUCAACCCAGACAAUGAGUACCACUUUAAGAAUCGUAUGAAGACGUGUCAGAGGAACUGGAGCGAGGUGUUUGGAGAGGAAGCCAUGUUUGCUGUGUCACCUAGCAACAGCUACCAAAAGGAGCCUCAUGGCUGGCUGGUAGAUUUGGUCAAUCGGUUUGGAGAGAUGGGAGGGUUCACUGCUAUCCAGGCUAAACUCAAUACACAGGAGAUAGAGAUUGGGUGUGUGUCUGCUCUGGUCCAGCCUCUCUCUGUGUGUGCAGAAUACCUCAACUCCAGCCUGGUGCAGCCCAUGUUGGAUCCUGUUAUCCAUAAGAUGAUCACCUAUGUUCAGAACCUGGAGGAGAAGGACCUGAAAGACAAGAGGCUGGUGAGCAUCCCAGAACUGCUGUCGGCCAUAAAGCUACUGUGUAUGAGGUUCCAGACCACCCUGGUCACCGUGGUGGACGACCUGCGCCUGGACACUCUGCUACGCAUGCUGAAGACUCCUCACUUCUCUACCAAGAUGAACUCCCUCAAAGAGGUGACUAAGCUGAUUGAGGAGAGUACUAUGUCUAAGACGGUGAAGAAUGCCAUUGACACAGACAGACUGCUGGACUGGCUGGUAGAAAACUCUGUCCUCUCAAUAGCACUGGAGGGUAACAUAGACCAGGCCCAGUAUUGUGAUCGAAUAAAAGGCAUCAUUGAGUUGCUGGGCAGUAAACUGUCUCUGGACGAGCUCUCUAAGAUCUGGAUGAUACAGGCAGGACAGUCGUCCACGGUGAUUGAGAACAUCCACACCAUCAUGGCUGCGGCUGCCGUCAAGUUCAACUUAGACCAGCUGAGCCACCUGUUUGUCCUUAUACAGAAGAGCUGGGAGGUAGAGAGUGACCGUGUGAGGCAGAAGCUGCUCAGUCUGAUUGGGAGGAUCGGUAGAGAGGCCCGCUCUGAGGCCACCACAGGGAAGGUGCUGGAGGUGCUGUGGGAGUUAGCCCACCUGCCAACCCUGCCCACCUCCCUGGUACAGCAGGCGUCUGAGGAACACCUGGCCAUCCUCACUGACGCGUACGCUGUGAAGGAGACUGUCAAACGCUGCUACAUCAUCAAAUGUAUAGAAGACAUCAAGAAGACUCAGACUGAGGAGGAGGGUAAAACCAGCGACAUUCAGAGCUCGUUUCUUACUGGCUCCUGGGGCAAGAAGAAAGCCAAAGAGAACUCAUUGGCCAAAUCUUCACAGCAGGGCAGCCCCCAAGCGGUCUGGGUGGUUCCAGCUCUGCGGCAGCUCCAUGAGAUCACACGUUCCUUCAUCAAACAGACCUACCAGAAACAGGACAAGCAGAGCAUCAUCCAGGACUUGAAGAAGAACUUUGAGAUCGUCAAAUUGAUCACAGGAUCUUUGGUGGUCUGUCAUCGACUGGCUGUGUCUGCAGCUGGGAGCAAUGGACUGGCCGGACACACACUCGUAGAUGGACGAUACACCUACCAGGAGUAUCUAGACGGCCACCUGAGGUUCCUGGCCUUCUUCCUCCAGGAGGCCAGCCUCUACCUGGUCUGGAACAGAGCCAAAGAACUAUGGGAUUGCCUGGUCUCUGGGCCUGAAGUCUGCGAGCUGGACAGAGAGAUGUGUUUUGAGUGGUUCACUAAGGGCCAGCAUGAUCUGGAGAGUGAUGUUCAGCAGCAGCUCUUCAAAGAGAAGAUCCUCAAAUUGGAGCCCUACGAGAUUACUAUGAAUGGCUUCAAUCUGUUCAAGACCUUUUUUGAGAACGUCAACCUGUGUGACCAUCGCUUGAAACGCCAGGGGACUCAACUGUGUGUGGAGCGGCUGGACCUGUCUGGGAUGGACUUUAUCUGGCGCAUCGCCAUGGAAACGCCUGACGAGGAGAUCGCUAACGAGGCCAUCCAGCUCAUCAUCACCUACAGCUACACCAACCUCAACCCAAAGAUGAAGAAGGAUUCUGUGUCUUUACACAAGAAGUUCAUUGCUGAUUGUUACAAACGACUGGAGGCAGCCAGUUCAGCUCUAGGAGGUCCCACGUUGACUCAUGCUGUUACCAGGGCAACCAAGAUGCUGACGGCCACCGCCAUGCCAACUGUUGCUACGUCGGUCCAAUCACCUUCCAGGUCCACCAAACUGGUUAUCAUUGAGAGGCUGCUGCUAUUGGCUGAGCGUUACGUCAUCACUAUCGAGGAUCUGUACUCUGUGCCUCGUACCAUUCUACCUCACGGAGCGUCGUUCAACGGCCACCCUGUCUCUCUACACGUCACCUAUGAGUCCACCAAAGACACCUUCACCCUGGAGGCCCACAGUAAUGAGACUGUAGGCAGCAUCCGAUGGAAGAUCGCCGAGCACCUCAGCUGUCCAGUCGACAAUGUCCAAAUCUUUGCCAAUGACAGCGUGUUGACUAUGAACCGGGACCAGAAGCUGCUGUCCCAGCUGGGGUUCAGUGAUGAGCAGUCUCUGACAGUGAAGAGCUCUGGCACAGGGACACCCUCAGGUGGCAGCUCUGAAUCCUCCGCCUCCGCCUCCUCCUCCUCCAGCUCUGCGGUCUUCAACUCAGCCUACGCUAUGGAACAGGAGAAGUCCCUUCCAGGCGUUGUCAUGGCGUUGGUGUGCAACGUGUUUGAGAUGCUCUACCAGCUGGCCAACCUGGACGAACCCCGGACAACCCUGCGUGUGCGUAAGCUGCUGCUGCUGAUCCCAACAGACCCAGAGGUUCAGGAUGCUCUAGAUAACUUUGUUCCCAAAGAGUCCAGUGUAUGGAGUCACCAGAAGACGCUGUUCACCCUGGGUCAGGGGUCAGGCUCUCGGUCUCCGUCUCUGGGUUCUAAGCAGCAGCACCAGCCCAGUGCUGCCUCCAUCUUGGAAUCACUCUUCAGAUCCACUGCUCCUGGGAUGUCCACCUUCAGAGUCCUCUACAACCUGGAGGUGUUGAGUUCUAAGUUGAUGCCAACCUCAGAUGACGAGAUGGCUAAGACCAGUGUCAAGUCUUUCUGUGAGAACUUCCUGAAAGCUGGAGGUCUCAGUUUGGUGGUGAACGUGAUGCAGCGAGACUCUAUUCCCUCUGAGGUGGACUAUGAGACCAGACAGGGAGUCUACUCCAUCUGUCUACAACUGGCCAGGUUCCUUUUGGUUGGCCAGAGUAUGCCGUCGUUGCUGGAUGAUGAUGUCAUCCGGGAGGGCGACACGCUGUCUAGUCGGCCGUUCCGUAAUGCGGGGCGACCGGGGAGGCAGCUGUCGCUGUGUGGAACGCCAGAGAAGAGCUCCUAUAGACAGAUGUCUCUGUCUGAACGCUCCUCCAUCAGAGUAGAGGAGAUCAUCCCUGCUGCACGCGUAGCUAUACAGACGAUGGAGGUGGGGGACUUCACCUCGACGUUGGCGUGCUUCAUGCGUCUGACAUGGGCAGCAGCCGCUGGCCGAUUGGACCUCGUCGGCAGUCCACAGCCAAUCAGACCUGAGCACAGCUCGCUCCUCCCACUUGGGGUCCGCACCCGUGUCAGCAGCACUGGAAGUAACUGCAGCUCCAGCAGUGAGGGCGAAGCGCCACCCACAGCUCUGCAUGCUGGGAUAUGCGUGAAGCAGCAGAGUGUUUCUAUUAAAGACUGCAUCAUCGCUAGAGAGGCCCUGUCACUACUGGUCACCUGUCUACAGCUACGAACACAGCAGCUAGGCUCAUUCUACAUCCUCCCCUGUGUCAGCGACUUCAUCAUCGACAUCCUGCUAGGAUCAGCCAGUGGAGAGAUCCGGCGUGUGGCAUGUGACCAGCUGUACACGCUGAGCCAAUCCGACAGCUCUGCGUUCCCUGAGAUCGUCAAACCCAACGUGUUCCUGCUCCGAGUCGUCCUUGCCUCCCAGCUGCCUCUCUGGAGCCCCACGUCUGUCAUGAGAGGAGUCAACCAGAGGUUGCUGUCACAGUGUACUGAGUACUUUGACCUGCGAUGUCAACUACUGGAUGACUUGACCAGUUCGGAGAUGGAGGUGUUGUCAGUGAGUGCGGUGGCCAUGUUGGAAGAUGAAAUCAGCUGGUUGGAUAACUUUGAGCCCAGCUGGAGCUCUGAGAUGGAGACCAGUGAGGCUGACAACAUCCUGCAGGCUGGACACCUCCGCCUCAUCAAAACACUACUGUCACUCUGUGGCACAGAGAAGGAACAACUGGGUCACUCUCUGAUCCAGCAGCUGUUAGAUGACUUCCUCUUCCGAGCAUCGCGCAUCAUCCUGAACACGUCUAACCCCGCCUCCAGCUCCCCCCCCAGCCACGACUUCUUCCCCAAGUGCAGUACGGCCAGCAGCAGACUGGCAGCCUACGAGGUGCUGGUGAUGCUGGCAGACAGCUCUGUGGCCAACCUACAGCUCAUCACCAGAGAGCUGCUGUCCAUGCACCACCAGUCAGACCCUUCGCUCAGCAAGGAGUUUGACUUCCUCCCGCCGGUGGACAGUCGCUCUGUGUCGGGGUUCGUAGGGUUAAAGAACGGUGGAGCCACCUGCUAUAUGAAUGCUGUGUUCCAGCAGCUGUACAUGCAGCCUGGCCUGGCUGAGGCCUUUCUGUCUAUAGAGGACGACACGGAGCAGCCAGACGAGAGUGUUUUCUGUCAGGUCCAGUCUCUGUUCGGACACCUGAUGGAGAGCAAGCUGCAGUACUACGUCCCUGAGAACUUCUGGAAGAUCUUUAAGAUGUGGAAUAAGGAGCUGUAUGUACGAGAGCAACAGGAUGCCUAUGAGUUCUUCACUUCACUGGUGGACCAGUUGGACGAGCACCUUAAGAAAAUCGGCCGUGAGCAGAUCUUUAAGAACACUUUCCAGGGAAUCUUCUCUGAUCAGAAGAUCUGCAAAGACUGUCCUCACCGAUAUGAGCGAGAGGAGACGUUUAUGGCGCUGAACCUGGGUGUGACUUCGUGUCAGAGUCUGGAGAUCUCAUUGGACCAGUUCGUCAGGGGGGAGGUGCUGGAAGGAACCAACGCCUACUAUUGCGAGAAGUGCAAGGAGAAGCGUACCACAGUGAAGCGGACCUGCAUAAAGUCCCUGCCCAGUGUUCUCUGUAUCCAUCUGAUGCGCUUCGGAUUCGACUGGGAGAGCGGACGCUCCAUCAAAUACGACGAGCAGAUCAGGUUUCCCUGGGUGCUGAACAUGGAGCCCUACACAGUGUCUGGCAUGGCUCGUCAGGAUGGGGGGGCGGAGGGGGGAGAGGCGGGGGAGGCAGGUGGCUCACCCAGGAAGAAGGUCACUAUCUCUGAGAACUACGAGCUGGUGGGAGUCGUAGUCCACAGCGGACAGGCGCACGCUGGACAUUACUACUCCUUCAUAAAGGACCGACGGGGAAGUGCUAGAGGAAGGUGGUAUAAGUUUAAUGACAAUGUGGUCGAGGAGUUUGACAUGAACGACGAGACACUGGAAUACGAGUGCUUUGGAGGAGAGUACCGGCCUAAAGUCUACGAUCAGUCUAACCCUUACCCAGAUGUGCGGCGGCGGUAUUGGAACGCCUACAUGUUGUUUUACCAGAGGAUCAGUGACCAGAACUCUCCUGUUCUCCCUAAGAAGAGCAGAGUCAGCGUCAUGAGGCAAGAGGCAGAAGACCUCACGCUUUCGGCGCCCUCUAGCCCAGACGUCAGUCCCCAGUCAUCCCCUCGCCCUGCCAGGGCCAACAAUGACCGUCUCUCUGUCCUGACCCGCCUCGUACGGAAGGGAGAGAAGAAAGGACUGUUUGUGGAGAAGAUGCCUGCUAGGAUCUACCAGAUGGUGAGAGAUGAGAACCUGAAGUUUAUGAAGAACAGAGAUGUGUACAACAGCGACUACUUCAACUUCACUCUGUCACUGGCCUCCGUCAACGCGACAAAGCUGAAGCACCCAGCCUAUCAGGCCAUGGCCAGAGUCAGUCUCCAGCUAGCAGUCCACUUCCUGUUCCACACCUACCUCCACACCAAAAAGAAGCUGCGGGUGGACACAGAGGAGUGGAUGACUACGGUGGAGGUGCUGCUGUCUAAAAGCAGUGAAGCCUGUCACUGGAUGGCUCAGUACCUGGUGGGACCUGAGGGACGAGAGAUCACCAAAGUGUGUCUGUUGGAGUGUGGGGUGAGGGAGGUGAGGGUCGUAGUGGCAGCGAUCUUGGAGAAGACCUUAGAGAGUGCGCUCCACUUCGCUGACUCUGGAUUGGACAGCCUGACCGACGCGCUCCUCUCCCUAUUGGACAAAGACGUUCCUGAGAACGUCAAAAACUGCAACCAAUACUUCAGCCUCUUCAGCAACUUUGCUCAGAGAGGCUCUGGUCCGUGCCAUUUGUUGUUGAAACACUCAGCGUAUCGUAGGAUGCUCAUCUUUCUCCUCGGACCCAACAGACAGAACAACCAGAAUCGGAGGUGGAGUCCAGCCCAGGCCAGAGAGUUCCUGCAUCUCCACUCCACUCUGGCCCUGAUGACUCUCCACUCAGACCUCAACACACAGCACACACAUGAUCAAGGUGUGUGUAAGCUGAUUGUGAGCAGUAUCCCUGCCUCCUCCCGCCUCCUCCCCCUCAACGCUGACAUCAUGGCCUCGCUCUUCAGCCCCGAGGGACAGCCUUACCUGCUAGAGGUGAUGUUUGCGGUGCGGGAGUUGUCAGGCCCUCUGACUGUGCUGAUAGAGAUGGUGACGUACUGCUCCUUCUGUAACGAACCCUUCUCCCUCGGAGUACUACAGCUGCUCAAGACUCAGUUGGAGACCGCUCCACCCCAUGAGUUGAAGAACGUGUUCCAGCUGCUGCAAGAGCUGCUGGUGGUAGAGGACCCUCUCCAGACCCAGAGACUGAAGUACGCCUUUGAGUCAGAAAAAGGCCUGCUAGCAUUGAUGCACCAGAGUAACAACGUGGACAGCAGCCGCUGCUACCAGUGUGUCAAGUUCCUGGUUACCCUGGCACAGAAGUGUGCUCCUGCUAAGGACUAUUUUAAAGAUCUGUCUGGUCACUGGAGCUGGGCAGUGCAGUGGCUGCAGAAAAAGAUGUCAGAACACUACUGGACUCCUCAGAGCAACGUGUCCAAUGAGACGUCCACAGCCAAAACGUUCCAGCGCACCAUCUCAGCCCAGGACACGCUGGCCUACGCCACAGCGCUGCUCAACGAGAAGGAGCCAUCUGGCAGCAGCAACGGCUCUGACGGCAGCCCAGCCAACGAGAACGCAGACCGCAGCCUCCGACAGGGUUCCGAGUCUCCCAUGAUGCUCGGUGAUUCAAAGAGUGAUCUGGAGGAUGUCGACCCUUAGGAGAAGCUACCAGACACAAUCCCUCCAAUGGAGAGAAGGCUCCAGACAGCCAAUCAAAAGACUGCUUUUCACCUCUGAUUGGCCAGAGUUUUGAGGGAGAGGCCCGCUACAGCCUGGUUGGCGGAGCAACAAAGGAUGCGUGAAAUAUCUUGAGUGACUUCCGGCCAGACUAAUGUAAUCAGAGCUGGAGGAGAGUUGAGACCAGACUAAUGUAAUCAGAGCUGGAGGAGAGUUUAGAGACCAGACUAAUGGAAUCAGAGCUGGAGGAGAGUUUAGAGACCAGACUAAUGGAAUCAGAGCUGGAGGAGAGUUGAGACCAGACUAGUGGAAUCAGAGCUGGAGGAGAGUUUAGAGACCAGACUAAUGGAAUCAGAGCUGGAGGAGAGUUUAGAGACCAGGCUAAUGGAAUCAGAGCUGGAGGAGAAUUUAGAGACCAGACUAAUGGAAUCAGCUGGAGGAGAGUUGAGACCAGACUAAUGGGUUACAGUGCAGUUUAUUCUUCUCUUACUGGCUGAGUCAGAAAGUUCACCCCUUUGCCUUUGUAGUUCACUACUUUGGGCCAAAGGUUCAGUGACGGCUAGUGGUACUAGACUGUAUCGGCAAAAGGGUGUCAUUUCAGAUGGAGCCACUAUUGUCUCACAAGGAAGGGAUGGGUUUGUUUUGUAAGUUGUUGCUCAUAUUUGGCAAUGUAACUAAACAGACCAUAUUCAUUAUUAUAAAGAUCUGUUCGAUAGCUGUAAUCUGAAAUGUAAGAUAAUAUUUUAAAGUCUCCUGUGCUCCACUCUGUAGAUGUGUGUAUGUGUGAGCCCGCGGUAUGACCUGCUCUGGAAGAACACACACACACACGUUUAAGCAGGGUUUUUAAGUAUGCACUUUAUAGUCCACCCCAGUGUAUAGUGGAGUAGAGCAAUAGUGAUCAGGUUCGCUAGAGCAGCUUAACCAUCCUCAACACACACACCAUCACACGCACCUGUCUUUCUUUUGGUGUUAGCACUUCUUAUCACACCAAACUUAGUUUUCAGCUUGUUACACACAGUACACACAGCCGAUGCCACCGUAGAGAACACGCGCUCCUAUGGCUAUGUCUGUUGCUCCGGUAACCACAGUGGUAUCUAGGAAUGGCGCAGUCUACGGAGGGUUCUAGAACACGAACGGAACCAAACCAACCAAUAAUUCAGCGCUCUCCCCUCCCCUACAGCGAAUCACAGCGCUGGAUUUGAGGUAUUUUAAUUUCUUUGAUUUUGGUUUCUCCUGACGUCGCUGUACUUAUGCCACCACCACUGCCCUGUGACACACACACCAGAGAGAAGGUCAUCGUGCCAACCAGAGGAGAGAUCAGGAGCAAGUUUUACUUUGGGUGCCAAUGAAAUACACACACUGUCUUCCCCUCUUUUAUUUAUUUAUAUAUAUACACACCAUACUCUGCUUUAUCAUAAUUAUUUGGCGCUGGGUUUUUCUUGUUUUGCCUUUUUAUCUUUGUUAGUUCAGGUUUGCCUUUGGACACAGAGGGGCAUAACCUCUGACCCCUAAGCUCUGAUACCAAACCCCACCCCACCUGGACCUCUGACCGCUAACCUCUUGACCUAACCCAACUCCUGGGAGAAUUCUAGUGCCUUCAUCUCCCAACUCCCAUCACCUCUGAAAUCAAAUUUUAUUGGUCACAUACACGUGUUUAGCAGAUGUUUGUGGGUGUAGUGAAAUGCAAAGUUUCUUAAGAGCUCAAAGCGAGGCAGCCCUCUGUCAGUGCCAUUUUUAAGCGUCCCUUGUCCCUCUCACACCAAUCCCCUACCUGGCAACAGAUGACUUGCUAUAAUGAACUGUGUGUAUGUUACCAUGCUGUGUAUUGACCAGCAGACUUGACUGGGCCCUCAUCCUGGUCUUAGAAGGCUGUCUCAGGUUUCAGGUGUGUUCUAGGUCUGGUGUGCCAGUGACACAGCACUCCUCACUCAGAGCCUACUGCUCAGUUUGACCCUCCACAGCACCUGUAGUACUUCUCAGAACAGUACCAUCUGUGGUGUGUAGUAAGGGGGGGAGGGAGGGAUGGAAUUACGGAAUGAUAUGGAUCCAGAUUUUUAUUCUGUCUCAUUCUGCUUUGAGCAUCACUCCUGCUGAAGGCCAGUCCAAGGCAGGACCAUUCAUGUUGAAACCCAGUUUUCAUUUGUACAUCAGUUUGAUUAUGGGGAAAUUUGAUAUAAAAUAAACUGGAAUGCCCAACCUUUUUGUAAA